AUGAGUGUUUAUAUCGGCGUCGUUUUUGGCAGCGUUGAAAUUGGACUAGUCUUAGCGGUUGCAAUAUCUGUGAUCAGGGUACUUUCGUUUGUGGCAAGGCCAAGGACUUUUGUUCAAGGAAACCUUCCGAAUUCCAUGGUUUGCAGAAAUGUUGAGCAGUAUCCCAAUGCAAGCAAUGUUCCUGGAAUUCUCAUACUUGAGAUUGAAGCUCCCAUUUACUUUGCAAAUACCAACUACUUAAGAGAAAGGCACACAGUAAUUUGCCAAGAGGAAGCUGACUCAGUGAGUAUUCUGGAGUCUGACUCGGAUGAUGACUUUAUCAGUAUACAUGGAGAUGGUUUUCCAUUAGCAAGCAAUCCAGUUGGGAAUAUCUCAAGUGGCCAAGUACUUCAGUACGAAAGAUCUGCUCGCUUUGUUGAUAAUUGGUGUAAUCCCAGAGAAAGCCAUCAGCCGUUUUCAGACUUUCUUUUAAAAGGAGAUCCAGUGAUGCAGAAGAAACCAUUGAACAAUCCUAGACCAGGAUAUAUCAUUCCAUGUUGUAAAGUAGAGAAGCCGACUACAGGAUCUUGGUCUGAGAUUCCACCCUCAACUUUUAAACUCCGUGGCGAGAACUAUUUCAAUCCAUAUACUCCAAUAGGUGUUGAUGUGUUUGUAUGCCCCAAAAAGAUACAUCACAUUGCCCAGCAUCUUGAGCUUCUCAAAGUGAAAGGAAAUGGGAAAGUGUUCAUUUUGCCUACUUAUCCUGCUGCCAUGUUUCUUGGUGAUAGUGAUGGAGAGGGGAUGAGUCUUGUAAUGUAUUUCAAGGUUUCUGAAAAUUUUGAUAAAGACAUCUCUCCUCUAUUCCAAGACAGCAUCAAGAAUAUGGUUGACAAUGAGACAGAAAAAGUUAAAGGAUUUGCAAAGGACUCCACUGUACCUUUUAGAGAAAGACUAAAGAUCUUGGCUGAGGUGGUAAAUCAUGAGGAUCUCAAUCAGAGUUCUGCUGACAAGAAGCUUGUACAUGCAUAUAAUGACAAACCAGUUCUUUCACGCCCCCAGCACAAUUUUUACAAGGGUCCUAACUACUUUGAGAUUGAUCUGUACAUUCAUCGCUUCAGCUACGUAUCAAAUAAGGGUCUCGAAUUGGUUCAAGGUUGGGGGGUGGGGGGAAAACAAGGAAUAGCCGCACGGCUGUACUCUUAA